AUGGCUCCCCGUCGCGAGGCACUUGAUGCCCCCAAUGGCUCGUCCCUGACCUGGAUCUUUGACCACUGCCUGCGCUACCCGGGCUCUUACGAAAUCCCUCUGCGUGCCAUGUAUGACCUCAACUGCCACCCGGCCCAGCAACCGGGCACUCGUUCUCCCGAAUCCGCGUUCACCCCGCGCAACUCCACUUCGACCAAGUCUUCGCGUUCUUCCCAAGACGCCUCGGUCGACCCGGCUGCCGAUCUGCGCGCGCACUUCAUUACUUCAUUCUUGCGCCGCUGCUUCACCAAGGAACUGGAGUCUGUGGAUUUCCCUCAGGUCCUGACCGCGCUGGAUUACCUCAAGGACUUUGAGUCCCGUCGCCGCAAGGAAGUGGCCGCAGCUCUGCAACGUCUCAACAUCAAACCAGAGGAUGUCGAGGACCCCAACCGUUCCGAGCUGGCUCGGAAGUACCCCGGCGUGCUCUCGUGGAUCGAAGCAAUCAAUGUCAAGGGCAAGACAGUCGAGACCCUCUACACCCAGAUCUACCUCGGCAUCCGUCGCUGGACGCUCAUCAACGAGAUGCUACUCCCGGACUACAACAAGGCCAACUGCAUCGCCAUGCUCAACACCCUCUUCCCCCCAAUGACCGACUCCAUGCCUACCCCGACCUCUCAGUUGACUCAUCAGAUCCUCAAGUCACAACGCGACGGAUUUUUCCGCUAUAUCACCGCCCGAGACACCCAAGGCAAGCAGGUCCUGAACCCGAUCAUCUGCCAGGGCGCGCCAGAGGGCCAUCUCAACUCAUGGCCCAAGAUCCACGAUGCCUUGGACAAGUACCUGUAUCUUGCCAAUGAAACGAUCGACGAGUGCAUGUCGGUCACCGAGCCCAUUCACCUGGAAGGAGGCGAUGCACAGAACCACAGCACCAAGGGCCGCAAGGUGGACUCGGGCAUCAGCUUUGGCUCGACGAGCAGCAGCGGCAGCGGCAGCGGCUCCUCCGAGGACUCAGAGAAGCCUCUCCCACAGUUCCCGACUCUUCAUCACGGUGGCCAGACCAAGACUGGCGGGUCUACUCUCGAGCGCCUUGCUCGUGAGUUCCGCAAGUUCGGCGACGGUGCUAGGUCCAAGAACCUGAGGAAGAUGAGUUCGACCAGCGUGCUGGCCUCGCGGCCUGACAGCCAGCUCAGCUAUGCACCCAGCUAUGCUGAGAGCUCCGUCUUCGAGACCGACGGCCCGAAGCGUCAUCGAUUGAUCAGCGAAGCUACCUUCCGCAAGAAGUCCCAUGCUUAA